CGGCAGCGCCGCCCACCCCGCCCGGCGGGGCCGCGGGGCGGGGCCGGGCCGCCGAAGCUGUUCCGGGCCGCCGGGCAGCCAUGGCGGAUGAGGAGGAAGACGUGCCGUUCGAAGAGGACGCGGAGGACGCCGGCGGGGGCCUGGACGGCGGGCAGGGCAGGAGGAAGCGGCUGUUCUCCAAAGAGCUAAGGUGCAUGAUGUAUGGAUUCGGGGAUGACCAGAACCCUUACACAGAAUCAGUGGACAUUCUUGAGGACCUGGUAAUAGAGUUUAUCACUGAAAUGACACACAAGGCCAUGUCCAUCGGGCGCCAGGGUCGGGUACAGGUUGAGGACAUUGUCUUUCUAAUACGCAAGGACCCCCGGAAGUUUGCCAGAGUUAAGGACCUCCUAACUAUGAAUGAAGAACUGAAACGAGCCAGAAAGGCUUUUGAUGAAGCAAACUAUGGGUCUUGAUUCUGUGCACAAGCUGCACUGGGGCAUUAUUUGGGCACCUGCUGCCCAGUAAGAAGGAAGAACAUGCAUGUUGUUUGGAAGGGUUUUUUAGGAUGGAGGUCACUGCUGGGAUGUCUGCCCUCACUCCCAGCCUUUUCUGAGAAAUAUUCAAGCAGCUGAAACAUUACCUGAUUGUAUGUUGCAUACUUAGGUAUUUUUAUACCAUUUGAUGAAAUGAGGAAAAGCUCUAAAAAUUCCUGCAGUGGCAGGAGUCUGUUUCAAGUAGGCCUGUGUUGGAUCAGAUGGCUCAAGGGCUGAUGGUUCAUGAUUCUCUAAAAUUGUUUCAGUUGUCACUGGGUAUUCCUGUGACAGGAAACCCUGAAAAUGGAUCUUGGUUAUCUGUAUAAAGACCUUAAACUCAAACUACUAUUAAAGUUGUGCUCUUUGCUCUGUAUAUGCUUUUUGAAUAAAACAUAAGUUUGUGCCCACA